UAGUGGGGAGACAUCCAUUGACAUUUGGAGCUGUAGCAAGUGUAACAAUUUUUCUAGUAUACUUAGGGAAAAUGUUGUAAAGCAUUGUCGUGCUGCACACGAAAGAUUUAAAGGCAGCUUACCUACUAAGGAAACCAAGGUGUUUCGCAACCAAGACCAGGAAUGCUUCAGAUGUCAUCGUCUUUACAAAUUUUCUUCAUCUUGCAAACAUGGGAAGACUGUAAAUGAAAAGAAUGAGAGUUCAACAAUUGAAGGACCAAACAAACAAAUAGAUUUUAAGAUAGCAUGUAACAUCUGUAAUUUAAAGUGUUCCUCAAUGGAUAGUUACAAAAAUCAUGUACAGUUUCAUUACAAAGGGACAAAAAUCCUGAUUUUGUACAAGUGCAGCAAGCUAUGCACAUACAGAUCCCCAAACAAACUUGAUGUAUUGAAGCACAGAGUCAAGUUUCAUCCUAGGGGUAAAUCACUGGGCUCACUUACCAUAGAUUCGAUCGUAGUGCAAGGAAAACUUAGAGAUGAGCCUCAGGCUGAGACAAAGAAACCAAUCCAAGAUGAUUUGCAGUACAAGUGUGAAAAAUGUGAGUUCAAAACACACAGUAUUGACACACUUUCUCUACAUACAGCCUACCAUGCAGAAGAUAAAAAUAAACAAAAUAACAUAGAGAAGAAAAGAUUCCCUGCCAAUAAUUCAAUACAGGAAGAUUCAACACAUGUUUCACCAGUGAACUCAGGAUCUGUAUGCUUUGAAGCUUCAAACAUUAAAGUUCAAACUGGAGAAGACACACAAACAACAAAUGAACUAAGUGAACCUGCAAAUGAGGAAAAACAUUCAGACUACGAAAAUUCAGAUGAUGAAGCAGAGUCAACUUCCUCAAAUUCAUCUAGAGCUUCAAAAGCAUCAUUCUCCGCAACCCUGAAACAGUUAAAGGUCCGCAGAUAUUUUUGCAAGUUUUGUUUAUUCAACAACACAUCUCCAAAACCUGUCAAAACCCAUAUACAAGCCAUUCAUGUUGAUGAGUGUCAGGCCCUGUUACCAUUUAUCUGUCCAUUGUGCAACCAAAGGUUUCCAUCUGUGUUCAAGGCAAGAAUACACCAGAAAGCUAAACACCAAGGUUUAACACCAAGGGUCUUGUUGAUUCCAUCUAUAGCUAUGUUUCAUAAGGAUGAAAUCGCAAGUGAGACAUUGGAGAAAAGACAAGUGCCAAGUAAGAAAUCGCGACACAAAACUUUUACAUCAAAAGUAAAAAAGUUCAGUCGCAGAGUGUCUUCACCAGUGAUCAAGAAAACAAUUCCAAAGAUAAAGCAAUGUUCAGUGAGACUUCAAAGACUUCCAAAGGAUUGGAAAGAGGUAGUUCCAAUGUUAAUUAGAUCAAAUGCUAAUGUAGAGGUAAGAGUCCUCCCAAAGACCCCAAAUGGAGAUUACAUGAUACCAAAUGAGAAUGUUUUCAGAGUGGAUAUUCAGUGCUCAGAGUGUACAUUUAGAACAAGAAUUAGGCAUAAUCUUGUUAGACAUUUGCAACAAGGUCAUUUGGGAUUGCAACGGAGAAAGACAAACAAAGGAAUUUGUUCAAAAGCCAGUUCAAAAGAUGCAGAUUUGGUAGAGCGCAGUGAAGAAUCCCAGCUAAUUGGUGACAACACUGGUCAUUCGUUUGGUGCUCUGACAAAACGAUUUGGUGAUCCAGUCCAAAAUAAGAGUAAGCCAACUGACCAUAACUACCUAACAAGAAGCUCUGCUUCACCUUCUAGAAAUGUGUCACAAAAAGAUAGCAUUCUUGAUAUUCCUGAAAAUACUGUACCUCAAACCAUUAGCAGUUGUGUUGCUCAAUGUGAAACUGAGCCGGUAGACAUUGAUGAGACUGAAUUGAUAGAUUGCCCAUUGGAGGAUAUCAUGUCACAUAAAUGUGCCCUUGAAAAUCUUGAUAAUAAAUCAGCAGUGGAGAGAAGGCAACAUGUUUACUUCAACCACUGUUCAAUGAAGCGUUUCAGUUGUGGAUAUUGUGGGUACAAGUCUGGAUCUGAAAACUGUAUUCUUGAACAUUCUCAAAAAUGGCAUCCUUCUCUCCCACAAACCUUGCAGAAGAUGCCAGUAACAGU